AUGGUCGCACAAAGAAACCAUGCUAAUGAUGAGGCUCUCCUAGACAGUAUUGACGAGCACACGGAAACAAGCACAAGAAUGUUAGGUGCCAAACAGGAGUAUUACAGAACAGUAAAGCAACACCAACUUCGUCCCUUCCAUGUAACACCUGUUCAAGAAUUACUACUGCAAGACCUUCCCAAACGGAUGGCUUUUAUAAAGCUACAUUUACAAGGAAUGUUGUCAUUAAUCACCAUAAUAACAUCAGACAAAGAUAACCCUUACGGUAAGAUAACCACCGAAAGAGGAAUCCUUGUCAAAAAGACACUGAUAGGAGAGCUGGAGAAAACAAUCUUGUCCGCCUCUUACAGCAAAACCAAGUCACCCACAUUCAGGUCAUGGUCGCACUCUGGUAAAAUCAUCAGAGUAACCUGCGACGAUGACCUGACGUUGGAAUGGCUAAAAAUGAAGGUACCGACCAUAAAAACAUGGAAAGGAGCAACACUCGCAGUUGUAAGGAUGGACGAGCUUCCCAAGCUCACCAAAACCUCUCUCUGGAUCCCAGAGGAAGCGCAAGCUGACCUUAACGAGAAUUAG